AUGGCGCCGGUACGCCGUUACCUGAGAAUAUCAAAAUACUCCGUCUUGGAGUGCCGCAUCUACCUCGACAACCCAGCGCUGGCACAGUCAUGGCUGCUGAAUCCGCGCGACCCGAUCCUCCCGCGCGUCAUCGAGAGCAUCCGUCCACUGGUGCUGCCCAAGCUACGAGAGGAGAAGGAGAGAGGCAAGAAGAAGAGCUCCAAGAAGAAGGGCAUCAAGGACGUCAUUGUUCAAGAUGAUUUUGAAGUCUCCAUGUUCCUGACCGAGACGAGCACUCGGCAUUCGCUGCUCACCAAGCACAAGCACUUUCGCGAAAAGGCGCCGCCAACGAUGCAGUCCAACUCGACGAGACUCAUUGGCGAAACGGAUCUUGUGCCCGUCGACGUCGACGCCGAGACGGCUGCGCCGGUCCUGCGCGAGCAAGACAGCGAUGACGAGGGCCCUCGCCUCGCGGCCAUUCGUCUGCCUGAAACGAGGGCGCGGCGGAAGCGUCAACGCAACGUGGCCAUCAGCGGCGAGGACGGAGAGUCCGCUGACGACGACGGCGCAGCCUCGGCAAUCGAGAUAGACUCGGACGCCGACGAGCCAGCUCCGAAACGUCCACGCGGUGUCAUGAGGCCAGAUGACGACGACGACGACGACAAGAAGAAGAUGGCCAUGGAUGUAUCGUACGACGGCUUCGCCAUCUACGGCCGCGUCCUCUGUCUGGUGGUCAAAAGGCGAGAUGGCAAGGCUCAGCCCGCAAGAAGCGAUGCAAGGGGAUCCAAGUCGGCCGGGCAGGGGCAAGCCAGGAUGGAGAAUUGGAUCUCAUCUACGCAAAUGCCCGUAGGCGAGGAGGUGCCGUAA